AUGGAGAAUUUAACCAAUGAUGAUAUAUAUGAUAAUAAUGAAACUUUGCCACCGCCCUUUCCUUGUGACAACGAGUCCUGUCCUCUCUUCCCCAUCUCCACCUUGAUCCCAGUGACAAUCGUCUCUAUCGUCCUGUUCAUCACUGGGGUCACUGGCAACACCUUAACUGUCCUGAUUAUCAGAAGAUACAAGGAGAUGAAGACUACCACCAACCUUUACCUGUCCAGCAUGGCGGUGUCGGACCUGCUGAUCUUCCUCUGCUUGCCUUUUGACCUGUAUCGCCUGUGGAAGUACAAGCCCUGGCUCUUGGGGGACUUCUUGUGCAAGUUUUACCAGUACAUCAACGAAGGCUGCACCUACGCUACCAUACUGCACAUCACAGCCCUGAGCAUCGAGAGGUACCUGGCCAUCUGCUUCCCCCUCAAAGCCAAGGUCUUCAUCACCAAGCAAAGAGUAAGAUCUGUUAUUGCUUUGCUGUGGACUCUAGCCUUGUUAUCUGCUGCACCCUUCUUUUUCCUGCUUGGAGUGGAACAUGACAUGUGCAAACACACCGAAUACGCCGUCAGCUCGGGGAUCCUGCACAUCAUGAUCUGGGUUUCCACCGUCUAUUUCUUCUUCCCCAUGUUCUGCCUCACUUUCCUCUAUGGGUUCAUAGGAAGGAAACUGUGGAACAGCAAGGAUGAGAUCAAGGGUCCGAAUGCAGCAAACAGGGAGAAAUAUCACAAGCAGACAGUCAAAAUCUUGGCUGUGGUUGUCCUGGCGUUUGCUCUCUGUUGGCUGCCUUUCCACAUUGGCCGAAAUCUCUUUACCAACAACUCGACGAGCGGGAGCGUCGAUAUGUACAUUUUCAGCCAGUACUUCAACGUCGUCUGCAUGCUGCUCUUCUAUCUCAGCGCCUCCAUCAACCCCGUCCUCUACAAUGUCAUGUCCAAAAAAUAUAGAACGGCAGCCCGCAAGCUGCUGUUCGCUCGCCAGGCCCGGCCGUGGUUCUUCUCCAGCACCAGGGAUACUAGGGAUGACACUUUAGGCUGUACGGAUACAAGCACUAGCGUCUGA